AUGAUAGACGGGUCGUUGGAACUGCCAGCGAUCGCAAAGCUACAGUAUUUGCUGUCGUCUCUGAAAGGAGACGCGGCAACGCCGUACGAGCACGUGACGCUCACAGCGGAGAACUACGCAUCGACGUGGCGAGCAUUACUGAAGCGCUACGAUAACCCGCGAUUGCUCAUCCGGGAGUAUUAUCUUCAACUACACCAGCUCCCGGCUAUACGUUCAGAAGGGUCCAGUCAGUUAAUGCAACUCAUUGACGAUUUUUCACGGCACGUGAACGGUUUAGUGAAGUUGGGCGAGCCGGUGGAACAUUGGGAUACACCGCUGACGAGUUUGCUGUUAAUGAAGCUGGACGACGCGACAGUGCUGGCGUGGGAGAAGCAUUCGGUCCAUUUUCCGCGGGACCGGUAUGAGGAGCUGAAGCAGUUUGUGGAGGAUCGAAUUCAGAUCCUGACUGCCUCGUCCAGGUUCGCCGAAGAUCGUGAGAGAAAGGGAACGUCAGGACAGAGCUCGGUCAAGGUGGCCGGCACGCAUCGUCACACGACAUCGCGCCACACAGUAUCCAAUGCGGCCACCACGAUCGCUACGGGACGGGGUCAUUCAGCGGUCCAUCAGUCAAAGUGUCCGGUGGGCUGCGCGACGCCUCAUUCGCUACGAGACUGCCCGGAGUUCAUCGGCAAGGACGCGCAGCAGCGUCGGGAGCUAGUAGCGGCGAGGGGUGCUUGUUGGAACUGUUUAAGCCUGUCACAUUUGGUAAAGGCUUGCAAGUCAUGCUACACUUGCCACAUCUGUCGUGAGCGACAUCACACGUUACUGCACGUGACGGCUGAGCCUUCAAAGGUCGCGAUGUCAGUCCUGGCAGGCGAUGAGCGAGUGUUCCUAGAAACGGUCGUCGUAGACGUCAUCGACGAGUACGGCGGUAUUCACAAGGCUCGAGCGCUACUCGACUCAGGUUCAAUGGCGAACUUCAUGUCUGCAGCACUGGCUCGACGGCUGAUUGCACCGAGGCACGAGGUAGAUGUGGCGGUAGCGGGCAUUGGGAGGGCCUCCCAGCGAGUGAAGACUGCAGUCGUGGCGACGAUCCGAUCCAGGAUUCAGUCGCACUCCUCUCUCAUGGAAUUCCUGGUACUGGAGGCACCCGCUGCAGACGUUCCGUCUACUCCAAUCGACGUGUCAGGGUGGCGUCUACCCGAGGUCCCACUGGCCGAUCCAUCGUUUAACAUUCCCAGCACCAUUGAUAUCAUCAUUGGUGGCGACUCGUACUGGGAACUUCACUCCGGCCGCAAACUGUCCUUAGGCAAGGACAGACCAUGGCUAAUCGAGACGCCGUUCGGUUGGGUGGUGGCGGGAAAUUCGGCACACGGAUCGGUGCCGGCAUCUACGGUGUGCCAUCUGUCGACGCCCAGUCCAUCGCUGGAAUCAUGUAUGGAGCGGUUCUGGCAGAGUGAGACGGUCACGAAGGACGUGCCGGUCCGGAUGGCCGACAAGCACUCUUCAACGGGCCACGGCAUAUUGGCUGCGGUACAUUCGGAGGUUGCAGGAGUCUGCAACGGGCAGCACAAAAGCAUCACACGGAUCAUGGACAUCGUUAUCAAGGGAUGA